AUGACGACUAGGUUCCUACUAGCUCCAAAGAUACACAUCAUCAUGAAAGCAAGAUACACCAAUCAUUACUACAUGCCAGACAGCGUCGACAACCUCGUAGGCACACCAUAUUCCUAUUUUCUCAGCAAAGAUUCCGCACUAAGACCUCCUCUUCAAUUACUGAUGGAGGCGCGAGGUCCGACAGGCGAGUACGACACUACUGUUCUCGAUCGUGAUGAAAAUGGCAGACCAACUGCUUUCACUUGCUCUGGUAGCGACAGGGGGUCCGGAGCUGCGUACUGGAUCGUUUCGGAUGUUCAGGGGUCUUUUGUCAAUGAGGGAGAGGUGUUGGGGUUUGUUACUGCGUUGACGGCAAACUGGGGCUGA